AUCUAAGACGUCGGUGCUUUUAUCGAAAGAUUUGGCGUUUUAUUGAACGGUGACGAUUGUGUUAAUGGUGGAAUAUUGUGGUCCCAUUUAUAUCUGUCUCAUUAUUUAAUUUUUGAUUGAUUCAUAGCGGAAAGAGAACGCUACCUGGUCUCGUUUCCCUACGCAGUCUCGUGUCGUGAAAUGAUAUACCUACUCUUGGGUGGAUAGCUAAGCCUAUGGGUGCUCCCCCAUUGGCUUAGGUUAUGACGUGGAUGCCACGCGGCCAGGUAGCGCUCUUCGUGCCCGGACAAGUUUUAUUCCUGUUCUCUUCUAGACUAUGUAUCCCAAAAUUCUUAAGAUCUUUAGACGUCAAGAACGAGACGAGUUUAACUUUGAGUUGGCAUGGAAGAGGUGGAAUCUCAAGAAGAAACACAUCUGGUUCUUGGGGAUUCGACUCGGGGACGGCUGAGGAAUCGUGCUAGAGAUGUUCAUAUUUUGAGCUGUGCUUUCCUAUUGAUAUUUCUGGCUUAUGGGGCUGCUCAGAAUUUGGAGAGUACACUGAAUUCGGAUGAAGAUUUGGGUACUUAUUCUCUGGGGAUACUGUAUCUCUCCUUCACCUUUUUCUCCGUAGUGGCUUCUCCUGUGGUCCAGUUUCUUGGGUCCAAGAAUUCUCUGGUUCUUGGAACUACUGGUUAUUGGCUCUUCAUUGCGGCAAAUUUGAAACCAUCCUGGUAUACCAUGGUGCCGGCUUCUUUGUACCUGGGAUUUGCUGCUUCAAUAAUUUGGGUUGGGCAGGGAACAUAUCUUACUUCCACUGCCCGCUGCCAUGCAGAAGACAACUAUUUGCAUGAAGGAACAGUCAUUGGUAACUUCAACGGAGAAUUUUGGGGAAUUUUUGCCAGUUAUCAGUUCAUUGGGAAUCUGAUUUCACUAGCUCUUUUGAAAAAUGGAAAGGGAGGAAGUACCAGUGGAACAACAUUAUUAUUCAUUAUCUUCCUUGUAAGCAUGACCUUGGGUACCAUAUUGAUGUGUUUUUUACAUAAAAUGGAUGGUAAAGGGGAGGAAGGGCAGCCAAAAUCAUCUGAAAGUUUCUAUUCGUCCAUGUUUUCUCUCUUUAAGAAGGUAAUCACUCCAUUGCAUGACAGGCGGAUGUUGUUGAUCAUCCCUCUUGUCUGUUAUUCUGGCUUGCAGCAAGCAUUUGUUUGGGCUGAAUUUACCAAGUAUGUUGUAAUGCCAGCACUUGGCGUAUCGGGUGUAGGUGGGGCAAUGGCAGUUUAUGGGGCUUUUGAUGCAGUCUGUUCAUUGGCUGCUGGGAGAUUUACAACUGGUCUUCCAUCAAUUACUUUGAUAGUUUCUGGUGGAGCUUUAAUUCAAGCCAUUGUUCUGCUAUGGCUUUUGCUGACAUACAGAUUAAGUAGUGGAGUACUUGGCGUUGUAUACCCACUUCUUAUGUCAGCAAUGUGUGGCAUUAGUGAUGGGGUAUUUAACACACAGCUGAAUGCUCUGUUUGGAAUGCUAUUCAGGCAUGACACGGAAGGGGCAUUCGCACAACUGAAGGUCUGGCAGAGUGCAUCCAUAGCACUUGUAUUCUUUCUGAGCCCAUACAUAACAUUGCAGGCAAUGUUGGUGCUGAUGCUUGCUGUUUUAUUUUUCUCAAUAGCUGGGUUUCUGGUUCUAACACUGCAUGUGGAGAAAGAUUUUUCUUCCACCGGAUCUUGAUAUUGGCAAUUGAAAAAUGACAUCUCGUGGCACUUUGGUAACUCGCUCUUCAACUGCAUGUAUAAUCUCAGAACUGCUCUAUGUAGAAGGCCUCUUUUGUCUGGCUACUCUCUGGUCAUCAUUAUGAACAAUGAUUGAUGGUAAAAUCAAGUGGUUUUGAGCCACCUUGCAGAUUUUAUUUUUGAUCCAUCAGCACCUUUUGGCGGGUUGGAUUCAAAAGGGGGAAUUGGAAUCUUCAUUACUCAUUCAAAUGUAAAUUCUAGUGGCUUCAUUGCACAGACCAAUUUGUAUUAUCUUUGUUAAGAAUGAAGUACCAUUUCCAACUGCAAGUUUCCUCUUUCAGGGGUUGAUGUAUUGAACUGGAUUAACACAGCAACAUUUAUAGAAUGUAUAAUUUUUAUAUCAGCCCAGUUGGGUGUGCUGUAGGGGCAGCAUAUUUUGAUCAGACUGAAUGAAGGCAAAUGCUAAGACUUGUUCAGAA